AUGGCUCGGCUCGCAGCAACUUGGCUCAAAGUCAUUCUUUGCGACCUGAUUUGGAUGACCGCCGUCCUUCCUAGUGAAAAUGCCGACCACCUCUGGAAUGAUCAUUCAAUUGCGUGGAACGAUUUUGAUCACAAUUUAUCAGGUCGCCCAGGGUCACAGGGCUCGGUGCAAAAGCCCUAUUAUAACCCUUGGGAUAUGCAUUCAGAGGUGUGGAACGGGGUUCAGCACGACCUAUCACGUCGACCAAGACCACAGCGCUUUGCGGACGCCGAUUUUCCAUACCAUGUCCAUUCCCAACCACUUGACGGUCAUCAUCAACCACAUGCUCACGAAGAUCAAUCAUACAACCAGGAAUCAUAUCAACCAUAUUUCCACGAAACCGAUACUCUCAUGCAGCAAGCUGAGGCGCUGCCACAGAGCGCCCACACCAGUUCGCAAACCGACCCCCUCACGGGUCCAGGCACCUCUACAAACCAGGUCAACAAACCACGGCGGGAAGCAGCAACACUACUCUACAGCGGGGGGCCUUCGAUGCACCAACUCGAUCAACGUGUGAGACAGGCCAAGGAUUCCCAGAGCAUUAAUGCGGUAAAACGAUACGAGUUGUUCACCGAGAAGCUCGAUCGAAAACACAAUGAGAUUGCCGCAUUCUACGCAUAUUUAAAAUCAUCAAAAAAAAUGGGAGGCAGCUUGAAGGAACUGGGGGGUUUAAAAAUGAUCGUGCGCCAGGAGGAUUUUGGAGCACGUCCUCUUCAGAAUUUCCACAUCCGACUACCUACCGAGGAGAGAUACCAACGAAGUGGGGGGUACGAUCCGGUCCGCUCGAAGAUCGACAAAAUCUCAGCAGCCCUCAACUCCUAUCAUAACUUGUAUUAUAAAAAUAAAGCGGAUCUAACAAUUUUGGGAAGAACGAAACAAAGUAACACGGAACUACUCGAAUGGUUUUACGAACAGAUGUUCACCAAUACUGAUAAUCACCCUCCCCUGCUAGGCGAGGUCGAACAAAUUGAGCACAGGAAGAAGUUCACGCAGGCCCAGCAGUAUUUACAUGUCGCAUUGAAUCGUUCAGGACAACUAAACCAAUACGAGCUUGGUUAUCUCGCAACCCAUCUUCUAAAAUGUUGGUACAGAGACGAAUCCUCAAAAAUCCCGGGAACUUCUUUCUCCGAUUUGGACUACGAUAACAAUCUUACAAAGUGGGUAGAUGUUUAUCCACCCGAAAACCGUAAGAAACGGCACUUGAACGGCUAUAAAUAA